ACUCGAUUUUGCCUGGCUGCUAGCUGCUCGCGCGUUUGUCAUUUGUAAUUAUUUUUUGUUCAAUUAUUAUCGCGGUAACACGUUACACGCGGAGAUAAUAAAGAAACGCAGCGUGCACAUCCGCCGCCACAGAUAAUUCACGACAUUACAACAUUUCGUUAUCGUAUCCCCUGCAGCAGAAUGCCUCCGCAACACAAUAGAACGAUAUAAAAAUUGCAACAAAAACAAGUAUUAAUUCUAAACAAAAGACGAACACAAAACGACGUAUUUGCAAAUUGAGAUAAGUGCCAACUAUCGGAAGUGAACUGAGGCACUAGUGCGCGAGAUGUACUGAUGUCUUCACAGCAAGAAAAUUCCAACAGGUUAUUAAAUCGUCUGCUUGAGAGCGUCCAAGAGUGCCAAAAACGCUAUGGUGGCAAAACUGAGCUAGCCACCGAAUUCGAUACCUGCGUCGCGUGUUUAUGCAACAGCCUGGAGGCCGUUUUCCUACAUGGUCUCAAGGUGAAACCCGCCGAGAACGCGGCGAAACAAAUUAGUGGCGUGAAGCAGGUGGCUGACAUUGUCGAGAUUGUUGCCAAUUCAUUAUCAUUAACAAACGACCAUUUAUCCUUUUGGCCCUUUAUAAAAAAGCAUCUAACACAUCAUGAUAAAGAGCGUUAUGAUGCACUGAAACAUAUCUGGACGGAUACGGGACGUGGCAAAGCGUGGAUUCGCUCAACACUCAAUGAACGCUCACUAGAGCGAUAUUUUCAUAUCAUUUUAGGGAACAAGAAACUCCUGCAGACGUAUUACGAGCCGUGGGCACUGCUCAGCGAUGACGAGAACAAUAAUUUGCUGCCAAACAUGGCCGCAGGAUUAGGGUCGAUUUUGUUUGCAAUAAGCAUCGACAAACCUGAAUUUAACUCUUCAUCAUCACACAAAAGUGAAAAAAUAAAAGUGGAACCCAUCAUUGAGGCGCCAAUCAUAGAUAAAUUAAACAAAGAUAAAAAGAAGCGCAAGAUUGCAACAAUAAUAUCAUUCGACGACGACGAUAUUGAGAAACCUGCUGUGAUAAAACCCAACCUCAAUCAACUCGCACCCGAAAUGGACGAAGACAUGCGCAGUACGUACAGUGAUACGCCCAGCAGCAGUUCCAGUGGGACGGCUGAUCAUGCUCCGCCUACACAUUUGGUGCGUAAGUUAAGCGUUGAAACCAGUGGCAGUCGUGAUAAGUAUCCGACUAAACUCGAAGGCACUUUGACUCCGCUAGAGCCAAACAUUGGCGAGCUUACACCAAUCAGUGUUGAGCAUAGUGUGAAUUUCAAUAACCAAGAAUGUGAGGGAAUGAUUGAGGUGCCUGCUGAUGUCAGCGCCCUCUUGGGUGUUGUAGAAGCGAAGAAUCUCGAGACCACCGCGAAGUUAAACGAACGCGUUGCUCUAUUGACCAAAGAGAAUGAUAAUCUCAAAGAGCAAUUAAAGAAUUACAUGGAUGCUGUGAAAACGUUGAAUGAUUCACAAGAUGGCGCUGAUCCAUCUUCGCCUGAUUAUAAAAGCGAGGCGAAGUUAUUCGAGCGGAAACUGGUGCAAGUUGCUGAAAUGCAUGCGGAGUUGAUGGAUUUUAAUGUCGUGCUGCAACAAGCGCUCUGUCAAAAGGAGAGUUUAGUUGAGAAGUUGAAGAAUGAAUUGAUGGAGUUACGUGGUCCAAUGGACGACAUCGAAGAUGGUGGCAGUUGCGUGAACGUCUGGAUACCCAGUGCGUUCUUGACUGGCAGCGGGUCAGAAGCACAUCAUGUUUAUCAGAUAUUUCUGCGAGCUGGCGCUGAUGAGUGGAAUAUUUAUCGGCGAUAUGCGCAGUUCCACGCGUUGCAUUCGGAUUUGAAGAAGUUGGAUCCCGCUGUGCGUGGGUUUGAUUUUCCACCGAAGAAAAGUAUAGGUAACAAGGAUUCUUCUUUGGUGGAAGACCGAAGAAAACGCUUGCAGACUUAUCUUCGACGAAUAUUGGGACACUGGCCGGAGUUAUCGCAGUGCAAUAGUCGGUUUUUGCUGGAACAACAUUUGGCAUUCUUUAAGGAGCAAAAGGCCCAAAAACGUGGUUUGUUUGCUUCACGACGUAGCGCGCCGCCAGCGCCCUCUACAGAAAGCCAUUACACCGGCCUUUGAUGUUAUUUUAUGAUUAUUUCCUACAAUUUGUAAGUGAACGCAAAUUUUAUUUAUAUUUACUCUAUUACUACCGCUGCGUGAUUGAAGUGAUGAUAUUUAUAUUUAUAAUUACCCUAUAAGAAGAAUGAUCUAUUGAAACUAUACAAAACCCAACUAUCGUAAAGAAUAAUUUUUAAAAAGUGUAACAAAUAAAAAGAUGCUUAUAUGAACAUAAA